ACAGAAAAAUGGCUACUGGACAGGAUCGAGUGGUUGCUCUCGUGGACAUGGACUGUUUUUUUGUUCAAGUGGAGCAGCGGCAAAAUCCUCAUUUGAGGAAUAAACCUUGUGCAGUUGUACAGUACAAAUCAUGGAAGGGUGGUGGAAUAAUUGCAGUGAGUUAUGAAGCUCGUGCAUUUGGGGUCACUAGAAGUAUGUGGGCAGAUGAUGCUAAGAAGUUAUGUCCAGAUCUUCUACUGGCACAAGUUCGUGAGUCCCGUGGGAAAGCUAACCUCACCAAGUACCGGGAAGCCAGUGUUGAAGUGAUGGAGAUAAUGUCGCGUUUUGCUGUGAUUGAACGUGCCAGCAUUGAUGAGGCUUACGUAGAUCUGACCAGUGCUGUACAAGAGAGACUACAAAAGCUACAAGGUCAGCCUAUCUCAGCAGACUUGUUGCCAAGCACUUACAUUGAAGGGUUGCCCCAAGGCCCUACAACAGCAGAAGAGACUGUUCAGAAAGAGGGGAUGCGAAAACAAGGCUUAUUUCAAUGGCUCAAUUCUCUUCAGCUUGAUAACCUCACCUCUCCAGACCUGCAGCUCACCGUGGGAGCAGUGAUUGUGGAGGAAAUGAGAGCAGCCAUAGAGAGGGAGACUGGUUUUCAGUGUUCAGCUGGAAUUUCACACAAUAAGGUCCUGGCAAAACUAGCCUGUGGACUAAACAAGCCCAACCGCCAAACCCUGGUUUCACAUGGGUCAGUCCCACAGCUCUUCAGCCAAAUGCCCAUUCGCAAAAUCCGUAAUCUUGGAGGAAAGCUAGGGGCCUCUGUCACUGAGAUCCUAGGGGUAGAAUACAUGGGUGAACUGACACAGUUCACUGAAUCCCAGCUCCAGAGUCAUUUUGGGGAGAAGAAUGGGUCUUGGCUGUAUGCCAUGUGCCGAGGGAUUGAACAUGAUCCAGUUAAACCCAGGCAACUACCCAAAACCAUUGGCUGUAGUAAGAACUUCCCAGGAAAAACAGCUCUUGCUACUCGGGAGCAGGUACAAUGGUGGCUGUUGCAGUUAGCCCAGGAACUAGAGGAGAGACUGACUAAAGACCGAAAUGAUAAUGACAGGGUAGCCACCCAGCUGGCUGUGAGCAUUCGUGUACAAGGAGACAAACGCCUCAGCAGCCUGCGCCGCUGCUGUGCCCUUACCCGCUAUGAUGCUCACAAGAUGAGCCAUGAUGCAUUUACUGUCAUCAAGAACUAUAAUACUUCUGGAAUCCAGACAGAAUGGUCUCCUCCUCUCACAAUGCUUUUCCUCUGUGCUACAAAAUUUUCUGCCUCUGCCCCUUCAUCUUGCACAGACAUCACCAGCUUCUUGAGCAGUGACCCAAGUUCUCUGCUAAAGGUGCCAGUUACCAGCUUAGAAGCUAAGACCGAGGGAAGUGGCCCAGUGGUGACAGCCACUAAGAAAGCAACCACGUCUCUGGAAUCAUUCUUCCAAAAAGCUGCAGAAAGGCAGAAAGUUAAAGAAGCUUCACUUUCAUCUCUUACUGCUCCCACUCAGGCUCCCACUAUCAAUUCGCCGUCCAAGCCCUCAUUACCUUUUCAAACCAGUCAAACUACAGGAACUGAGCCCUUCUUUAAGCAGAAAAGUUUGCUUCUAAAGCAGAAACAGCUUAGUAAUUCUUCAGUUUCUUUCCCCCCACAAAAUCCAUGGUCCAACUGUAUAGCAUUACCAAACUCUUUACCAACAGAGUAUCCAGGCUGUGUCCCUGUUUGUGAAGGGGUAUUGAAGCUAGAAUCCUCUAAAGCAACUCCUGCAGAGAUGGAUUUGGCACACAACACCCAAAGCAUGCAUGCUUCUUCAGCUUCCAAAUCUGCGCUGGAGGUGACUCAGAAAGCAACCCCAACUCCAAGUAUUCUAGCUGCUGAGGACCAAGUGCCCUGUGAGAAGUGUGGCUCCCUGGUACCAGUAUGGGAUAUGCCUGAACACAUGGACUAUCAUUUUGCAUUGGAGUUGCAGAAAUCCUUCUUGCAGCCCCACCCUUCAAACCCCCAGGUUGUUUCUGCCGUAUCUCAUCAAGGCAAAAGAAAUCCCAAGAGCCCUUUGGCCUGCACUAAUAAACGCCCCAGGCCUGAGGGCAUGCAAACAUUGGAAUCAUUUUUUAAGCCAUUAACACAUUAGUGCUGCCCUCAGGCUUGCUUUUAGGAUUUAAUAUUUUUUAUCUCUACAGAUCUUUAAUAUUUUAUCUUUACAGAUUUCCCUGAGAAGGGGAAUUAUGAAAUUUUUAAUACAAAAAAUAAUCCAUUUAGGUGCCGAGUUAGAGUCCCAUCUCUUCACAGGCGUGGAUUCUAAUCCCACUGCUGAUAGAGAUGUAAAAAUUCAUCCUACCAUUGAGUUUUUAAUCUUUAGCAUUUAGGGAGGCAGUGUCAUAUAAGUGUGGGCCUUGGAGUCUAAGAGA